AAGGCUUCAGGAUCUGCAAGGCAGGCGGCAGGGCGCGCGAAGGCGAAGGCGCAUCCGUCGCAGCCCGGCCACUGCCACGCGGAGGAGCGGGAGACGGGCAUGUGGCACCUUCGGUGCCUGCCCACGAAGCUGAACGACCUGAGGCCGAAGCCGGUCUGGCAGCAGCUGAGGAAGUGGCUCCUGGAGUGGCAGACCUGCAAGAGGGGAGGCGCGUACGGGGCGGCCCUCAUCACUGGGCCCACCGGGUGCGGCAAGACCAUCGGCGCACGGAUGACAGCGGAGAGCGCCAAGGGGCACUAUCUGGAGUACGACCUGGACGAGAAGGCGGGGAGGUCCUUCCUGGACACCCUGGCCCGCAGGCAGACGACGUGCGAGGGCUCCGUCGUCAUCAUGCACAUCCCCGACGAGGCCAUGGCCUCCGUGGAGGACCGCAUCUGCGCCGCCGCGCGGGCCACCCCGAUGCCGCUCAUACUGCUGGGCAGCGAGGAGGUCCUGAGGAUGGAGGCCGUGACCUCGGUGUGCCUGCACCUGCCGGUGCAGCUGAACGUCUGCCUCCACCGGAUCCUGCAGCGAGUCACGGAGGUGGAGGGCGUCAAGGGCGCGGAGAAGGGCGUCACGUCCAUCGCCAAGGCGGCCCGCGGCGACCUCCGCCGGGCCCUGAACGCGGCGCAGCUGCUGGGCGCGCGGCCGGAGCUGCUGGCGGCCGACCUGCUGCCGCCAUGGGCAGCGGUGUCCCAGGCGGGCGCCGUCGAGCAGCUCCUGGCCUCCGGCAGCGCGUGCCCCCACGGGGGCGACCCCGAGGCCAGCGGGGAGCGCCUCUCCGGGAGGCUCCGGCUGCUGGCGCUCGACGAGGGCGGCCGGUUGCCCCUGGAGCUGCACCGGGCCUACCUGCGCAGCGGCGGGCGCGAGGACUCCAGGAGC